GCCGAGAGAGGACAAACGUGUGAAUAUAGGCAACAGCAUAAACCACUGAUCCGCGAAGGAAUCGUGCAUUCUUGGUGCCCUUCGAAAGUGCGUAGCAGAGAAGACAGGGGUGUAGUCUUCGCCAGGGUGGUGCACUUUGGUUUUGACAAAGCAGCAUAAAAUUCUACGUUCGCUUUUUUCCGCGUGUGCGUGAAGGUUUUCAGAAAGCUGUGCGAAUUUUGUGAAAAUUGAAAAAGUGUUUUAUUGUGAAGUAUUUUAGCAGCUUUUUUAAAAAAACGUCUGCUAACCCGCUGGACACGCUACAACCCUGCCGAACGAAAGAGAAAGCGACAGAAACGGGAAGGCGCUAUAGCCGCUUAUGCUGUGAGAGCGUGCGAUAGUGGCAGAGUGCAUACAUGCGCAACCGGGACGGCACUGUUUCAGAAUAUGGCGACGGUGGAAAAAAUACACCCAGUGUUAAGUGCAAAGUUGAUUGUUUCUACGUGAACGUUUCUAGUGUUUGGCUCAAUUUUGGGGGGUUUUAAGUAAAGAACAUUGUAGUGGUACCCUUGCCGAGCAUUUCUAGUACAAAAAUAUCAAUGGAACAUAGUAUGGAACAGGUAGAAAAUAUGUCUUUUUCCCGGCAGUGCGACGAAAUCGACCUACUCUCUGGCCAGUCCACGAUGUUGACUGGAGCCUGCGAACCAAACGCACUCGUCUCGCCGAGCGCAGCAACCGACGCCGCAGUUCGCGCGCUUGCCGUCGCGAACGACGGUGGCGCUAGUGUGACCGAAGAUGGACGACCGUUGGAUGGUUGCAGCAGUUUGCUUUCGCGCCAGGAUUCAAAUGUAUCACCGGUAGCAACGAGAACAGCCACCGAUAGUGGUAACCAUGGAAACGGGAACAAUGCACAGGAACGUCCCGGGGUGAGCAGCAAUCAAGGCAACAGCGCGGCGCUACCGGCCAGCAUUAGCAAUCGCAUCGCGGAGGGACGUUGCCGGCGCAAAAACCGUCGCCGUAAGUCGAACCGUGGUAAAUCGAGUUCAAAUCGACCGUACAGCAAGACGCAUUGGAAGUUUCAGUACCCUGCCGGACAAGGUGGGUGCCGUCAGGGGGGACAGGGUGGUGCUGCCGAAACCAGUGCCAGUAAAGUGAAUCACAACAAGCGGCGCCAUCUCUACUCGGUUGCGGCCUCCCGCCGGAUAACACCGUUCCUAAAGUCCGAUCAGCCACCGCUAGUGCCAUACAACACCAACCGCUUCCUGAUGGAGGACCACAUGCCGCAAGUGCUGACCCCGUCAGGUAGAACGCGCGAUUCUAGUUUUUCGAUAGAUUCAGAAGAAAAUUAUUUUUACUCACUCCCAGAGGAUGAAGAGGAUUUCCUUACCAAGGAGUUCUCCAGCGUGUACGAGCGGGAACGGUUCGAUCAGCUGGAAAGCCUCAGCCAUCCCGACCUUGUCCAAGAGUACAUUAAGCUAGCGGUCGAAUACGAGCAGACGGUACGGCGCACCGGUGCGAACGGGGGUGUUGGUGGAGGUGGCAGCGGAGCGGAUUGUGACGGUGGAAGCAUGGCAAAGAUGGGCAACGAUGGCGAGCGUGGCGAUGAUGCUAGUGGCGCUCGGAACAGACUGUUGGAAGAGCGUGUGAAGGUGUUGGAGCGGGAAAAUAUGGAUCUUCGCCGCCAGUUAGAAUACGCUACACGAAUGGGAUUUCUCAUGCCUGCUAGAUCGUCACCACGCUAUGGAGUGUCCACGACCACCGGUGCGGAUCGUAUGGAUAUUGGUGAACAGCAACGGGCACAGAUGGACAGCAGCACCAGUGAGGACAGUGAAUCGGACAGUUCCAGUACCAGCUCCAGUAGUAGCAGCAGCAGCUCGAGCAGUAGCAGCAGUAUGAGCGACGACAACGGAGAUGAACCGAUGGGCAUGAAUGAGAUGGUGCAACCGGAACGGAACUAUGGUGCCCGUAUGAUGAACGGUGUGGCGGAUCGUUCUCCCUUAUCGCCCGUAAUGAAUGGUGGAGGUCCCCGCACUAAUGGUGCACAUGAAAGUGAUCCAGAGCAGCAGGAGGAACAGGAGGCAGAGGAUGAGGAUGAUGAUGAUGAAGAGGAACUGUUGUUGAACGGUGUUGAUGAGCUUUCACCAUCCCCGAGGCCAUCGCUUGCGGUGGAGUAAAGUAAUUCCGCCUCCUAGUGUGAGCAAGCGGGAAGCCAAAGGCUACGUGAUUGCGAAACAUUGCUUUAGUGUGUAAAGUGUGUGGUUCUCUGGCAUACGAACCAAAUGUUAGUUUUUAGCUUGCUUUGUUUUCGAUUGUAUAUGUCCCGAUCGCAGCGUUACUUCCUCUGCAAUUGCAGGCUCAUUUUGCGAAGUUUAACCCAAACCCCUUUAUCGAAAUAUACUCAAUAUUUGAGAAUGUUGAAUGAAUGAUGAUUCAUUCACCGAUGGGGUGUGAUUUGUCGUAAAUAUUUUGUUUUACUUAACCCCCGUGACUUCAUCGUGCGAUCGAGACAAGGGCAAAACAUGGAACUUGUAAUGCGCAAAAUGAAGUUCCUUUUUUAAGAAAAAACGGCUUCUGCGUAUGCUACUUAGAACCUUACGCACUCGAAUUAAAAUAUAUGGGCAUUAUUCGUUGCGGAAUUGCGAUCAAUUACAGAAGGCGCUUGUAUAAAGUGGCACUCUUUCGAGAACUGUUGAUUGAAACGAUUUGAUGAGGAAGAAGAAAAAAAACACAGAAAGAAAAUAAAAAAAGCGGAAAACAUUUUUAUUGUAAAAUCAGCAAAAACUAUGCAAAUAUAUGUGUCAGAACUGUAGAAAUUCGAUUCUUUUGAAAUCGAGCCCCAAAGGACAGGGCAGAAA